AUGGCGUCUCGCGGUGCUGCCGCUUGUGCGACCCGAUCCCGGGCACCCGAGGUGCAUCGUGUGGCAUCCGACAAAGUCGCCUUGCAGGCGGAAGCGAAGAGUGUGCGAGAGCGCCGGCUGGCUUUGGAGGAGGUCAUGCGGCAGGAGCGCGCUCGGCGCCUGCAAGCGGCCGCAUCACGCACGACGGAGACGACUAAUACGAGCCACUCUUCUGUCUCUGCGGCCACGGUGAGAGAGCAGCAGAAGGAUGAGGCCGUCAACUCAAACCGCGCUCCCCAAACGCUCGAUGAGUACCGCCGCGAGCUGGACAAAGACAGUGGCAACAGGGAGCUCCUUCGGCUACACUACUACACGAGCGGGCAUCUAAGCCCGGCUGAUGUGCACUUUUACACUGUCAAGGGCCGGGUAAAGGAGUACCAACGCCACGCACCGAGCCCAGCGCGGUCGGCAGGGGCGCACCGUCUGCUGUUGCCAACCCGAAAGGCUCACCUGGAAACAGACUUGACGCAGCCGUCGAUGCGGGCGCUCGAGUCGGCCGCCGUGAUGGAGGGCACCUCGGAUCAGUGGACAAAGUCUGCUCUUCUCCGAAUGCAGGCUAAUCAGCACGUGCUCCAGCGUAUGGAAGAGCGCGAACGAAAGGAAGCAGCGCACAUCGGUCGACCCAUCGUACGGGGCACCGCGGCUCCUGCCAGUCGACUCAGCGUCCCACCACAGCCAUACAAAACACCGGUGACGACGAGCGCACGCGUGAGCCACCCUUUGCACGUCGCGGAAGCUGCCGUGUCAACGUGCACUGUGCCGCGAAGUCUGGCAAUGGAGAGGAGCGACACAGUCGCCGCCUCUGCGUGGCGAUGGAGUCCGCUUUGCCAACGUAGUCCACUAAAGACGUACCUGAGCACUAGUCCACUGCGUCUACGCGGGCGUGCGGCAUCGUCGACCGCAGCGCAGAGGGACUCCCUGUUCAUGACCUCUCUCAUCGACGGCUCUUCAGUCCCUCUGCAUGCAUCUCGCACAGUCACCUUCCCUCCUACUUCCGCUGGAUACAAUGGGCUUGUUACGUGUCCGUGGAAGCCGCUGGAGUAUAGCGGUACGGCACACCUCGAGGGCCGCGGCAGUAGGUCGGCGUAUAAGCCUAUUGUCGAACAGCUGCCCAGCGCGCCGUCGGAGAACCACGGCACCUGGGCCGAGCUAACACAGAGCCGGUCGUACCCAAGGCAAGGUCUAACGGCACAGUCACCUCCACCUAGAGACCGCGGCGCCAGUGAGUCGGGCGAGGGGGCAGGGAGCCUGCCGACUGCCAGCCCUCCCACCACGAAGCCGAAGCCAACACUGCUUGACGGUUUCCGCAUGCCGGACACAGUUCUGAAGCGGGAGGACCUCUUCCAGGGCUUCACCUGA